GCUUGGCCGCUUCUCAAAACCUAGUGAGCUUCCUAUCUAGAAAAAGUAUUUUGAAACCUCAUCAAUACGCAAUCCGAUUGGUUUCUGAACAGGCAGCUCACUAGGUUUUCAGUCACAGCCGCGUGUACAUAUACCCUCCCCGCCUCUCUCCAGCUGAUGCCCGCGCCCUGUCAAUCUAUAUCCUAGCAGAGAGAGAGGACGGGGGGAAAACCGAAACAGAGCGGGUCCGCGGGGGGAAGAGGCGCAUGAAAACAUCCAUGGGUGGCUGUGUGGGCAGUCAUCAUGAUUCUUCAGGCAGUUUAAACGAAAACUCGGACGGAACCGGAGUUGCACUGGGGCGAAACCAGCCCUUAAAGAGAGAGAAGCCCAAAUGGAAGAGUGACUACCCAAUGACCGAUGGGCAGUUGCGCAGCAAGCGUGAUGAAUUCUGGGAUACGGCACCAGCUUUUGAAGGCCGCAAGGAAAUUUGGGAUGCACUUAAAGCGGCUGCCCAGGCCUUUGAGAGCAAUGACCAUGAGCUUGCUCAAGCCAUAAUUGAUGGUGCCAGCAUAACAUUACCACACGGUGCUCUGACUGAAUGCUACGAUGAGCUGGGGAACCGCUACCAGUUGCCUGUCUACUGCCUCUCUCCUCCUGUCAACAUGAUUGAAGAAAAGAGUGAGUUGGAGACCAUUGAGGUCCCAGAAGCUCCAGCUAGCGAAGGCCAGGAGUGCCAGUUGCGUCUGCGUCUCUCCACGGGACGAGAUUUACGCCUGGCUGUCCGCACCAGCGAUAAUGUCCAGCAGAUGAAGCGCCGUCUGCAGACCCAGGAAGGUGUAGUGGCCACCAGCCAGCGCUGGUUCUUCUCAGGCCGACCACUCACCGACAAGAUGAAGCUGGAAGAAUUGAAGAUCUCUAGAGACUAUGUUGUCCAGGUGAUCGUCAGCCAGCCUCCCACAACCCCACCACUGCCACAGAACCCCACUCCUGUGGAAAACUAAUGCCUCACUGGGAAUAUUAACCACCACACCAAGUGUGUAUGUGAGAGGAUAUCAAUGUGCAUGGGCUGCAAGAUUUUUCAGAAGAUUUCUACAUUUUGGGAUUGGCCAUUCAAGUCUAGAGUGAACCUCUCUAGAGGCAUCUCCCCUCAAACACUCACUGCCUUUGACUUUAACUUUGGCUCUUCUAAGGGAGUUGAGACUCAGAUUUUCUGUUUAAAAACCUCAGGUCUAGAAAACCGGAGCCCUGAAUUGACCAAGAGAUGUCCAAAAAGUAUGGUUUUGGCAAGGGAAACUUGAUAAUGCUUUGUUAUUUUUAAGAUUAUGGAGUUAUAAGCUUCAUAUUUUUUUCUUUCUCUCUUCUUUUUUUUUCUUGUGACAAGAUCAUAUGUCUGCAAGGCAGACCAGAAGUGUGGACCUACCUGUGUCUGUCAGAAAUUGAAUUCUGAAACAGAGACACUUGGGGCCAAAAGGACAUUUUAAACUUCUAUUGGCUUUCAGCAACAGGGGAAUCACUUGUUGGACUGUUUUCUUAAUUUUCGUUUUUAUUAGAAACUCUGUAACCAAAAAUAUAUAAAGAUUUUUAAAAGGAGAAGAUCUGUUACAUGUCACAAAAACAAUGUCUGUUUUGUUUUGUUUUUGUUUUUUUUCCCACUUGUCCAGCAUCUUUAAUUCCUGUUCUUUUUCAAAUAACCUUUCACUUACAUAAAUUCUCUAAACAGCAUUCGUUCAACUCUUUUGUUUUAAAAGAGAGUAUGUUUAUUAUUCAUGUAGAUAAGUAGAUCAGCUGUUUUACAUUUGCCUACAUUUGAAACAUGCUUUUAGUGGGGGUGGUGCCCGUCACAUUCUGCACAUUCUGCAGAUUUUUUUCCAGAGAUAUUCCAGUCUUUUUCCUUCAGCAAACAAAUUUUUUCACUCACUGUCAAACUGUCUGCAGAAAAGUGUGAAAUUUGAAUGGAGCAACCAUUCUGAUCCCUUGUAAUUGAAGGUGAUUUUAAGAAUUUUUUUCUGCUCUGCAAGGUUGUCAUGGUGCUACGCAUUGACUCAAACAUCCUGAGGAUAUAUAAGGGUGAGAAGGGGGUAAUCGUAAUAAUUGUGUGUAUACGUGUGAAUGGGGAUUGCUAUGAGCAAGUGAUAUAAUGGAAGGAGAAGACAUGAAAAUGUCACCUCUGAGUGUAGCUGAAUGAAGACAUUCUCAUAGAAUACACUAUAUACAUGUUUUUUAUUUUAUGUUUUCCUUUAUGUUGAGAGGGAUUUUAGGGCAGGAAAAUCAUGAAAUAUAAGAAUUACGGGAACCAGACUCAAAUGAGCAGCACAGCUCGAUAUGCUGUAGUAUGUGUGCUAACUAUAAUCUUGUAACUCAUAAGUGUUUUUAAAUGGAUUCAAGACUUUGUUCUGUUGAAAAGAACUGAGAGUCAAAAAGAGAGAAAGAGAGAGAGAGAGAAAGUUGCAUAUUUUAAUGAUAGAGAAUGUGUUUCUAAUUAAAAGAUGCUGAAACAUUU